CUUAUACCAAACGAUAUUCGAUCAAAAAACACAUAACUUCAUCUUCUCCAUCCAGCCAGCCAGUAUGUCACCGAAACCCAUAUCUCAUCAUCUCUUGUUUUCCACUCUACUUCUCUUAAUAAUCCAAUCUUCUUCUUCUUCUUCCCAAUCCAACGAACGUCAACUUCUGCUCAACUUCAAAUCCACCAUCAAAACCUCAAACCCUAAACUUUUCACCACAUGGAAUGACCAAAACCCUGUAUGCAACUUCACAGGAAUCAUCUGCAACUCCAACAGCAAUGUCAAAGAACUCGAUCUACCCAACCAACAACUCGUUGGAACUCUUUCGUUUGACUCACUUUGUUCUCUCAAUUCACUUGAUACAAUCUCCCUCGGUUCGAACCUUUUGUACGGAUCAAUCAUCACUAGUGUAUCCAACUGCACAAAUCUUCAGCACCUUGAUUUAGGGAAGAACUUGUUCUCCGGUGAAGUCCCGGAUUUAUCUUCCUUAACCCGCCUCACCUUUUUAAACUUGAAUGACAGCGGCUUUCGCGGGAAAUUCCCGUGGAAAUCGCUUACUAAUCUUACUAGUUUAAGUUUCUUGAGUUUAGGUGACAAUUUGUUUGAUGACAUGCCUUUCCCUUUGGAGGUUUUAAACCUUAAAAAUUUAUACUCUCUUUAUCUUUCAAAUUGUAGUAUUGGCGGGAAAAUACCCGAAGAGAUAGGGAAUCUUACAAUGCUAGAAAGGAUUGAGAUGGCUGAUAAUCGUCUGGUCGGAGAGAUUCCGACCGGGAUCACGAAGCUUACGAAGCUUCGGAUGCUUGAGCUUUAUAGCAAUGGACUUUCUGGGGUUCUCCCGGUCGGGUUAGGGAGCCUGGCUAAUCUUGAAAUGUUUGAUGUUUCGAAUAAUGAUCUCGAAGGUGAACUGUCUGAGUUAAGAAACUUAACUCGGAUGGAAUCUUUACAGUUGUUCCAAAACAGGUUUUCCGGGACAAUUCCGGAAGAAUUCGGAGAAUUUAAAUAUUUGAAACAGUUUUCGAUUUACGAUAACCAGUUCACCGGAGAACUCCCGCCAAAAACCGGAUCAUGGGCUGAAUUUGAAUACAUAGAUGUAUCGAAUAACUACUUGUCCGGUUCGAUUCCACCGGAUAUGUGCAAACUGGGGAGGAUGGAGAAGCUUCUGAUGAUUGAUAACAAUUUCACUGGUGAGCUACCGGAGAAUUACGCGAGUUGUUCUUCGUUGCUUCGGUUGAGAGUGAGCAAUAACUCUCUUUCGGGGAGAGUUCCUGAUGGGAUAUGGAGUUUGCCCAAGUUAAGUAUGAUUGAUCUUGAAAUGAAUCAGUUUGAAGGUCAUUUGGUGCCAAAUAUUGGUGAAGCAGUGUCACUAACACAACUUUUUCUAGCUCAAAAUCGAUUUUCGGGUGACUUACCGAUGGAAAUAACGAAUGUGUCGUCCCUGGUGGAGAUAGAUCUGAGUUUCAAUCGGUUUUCUGGUGGAAUUUCAUCAAAAAUUGGCGAGUUGAAGAAGCUAAGUAAGCUUUAUUUGCAAGAUAACAUUUUUUCGGGUACGAUUCCAGAGUCUUUGGGUUUAUGUCUCUCUCUUAAUGUAAUAAACAUAGCCCGAAAUUCAUUAUCCGGUCAAGUUCCGGCGAGUCUUGGUUCGUUAGUGAGCUUGAACUCAUUAAACUUAUCCGGUAACAAACUUUCGGGUUUAAUUCCGGCGAGUUUGUCUUCGUUGAAGCUAACGCUUAUUGACUUGUCGAAUAACAUGUUUAUCGGGCGUGUGCCACAGCCUUUGUUGUUGAUGGCUUACAAUGGCAGCUUUGCCGGAAAUCCAGGGUUAUGUGCUGAUGGAAGUAGAGAUCUCCCGCAAUGUACGCAUGUUUCUCACAAGUUUGAUGGGUCAAAAGUUGUUGUGUAUGGCUUUAUAGCCGGCGCACUCGUGUUGUUGUUGUUGUUAUCGUAUUAUGUCUUCGUAAAGUUACGUAAAAUCAAUCGCAAAAACCCGAUUGAUCGAGGUUAUUCAUGGGAUGUUAAACAGUUUCAUGUUCUAAAGAUUGAAGAAGAUGAAAUAGUUACAUCUCUCAAAGAAGAGAAUAUAAUCGGGAAAGGGGGUUCGGGGAAUGUUUACAAAGUUGUUCUUGAAUGCGGUGAACGACUAGCCGUGAAGCACAUGCGGAAGUCGGAACCUGAGUCCGGUAGUUGGAGGAGUGACCAAACUGGCGCCGAGGUUUCAACGAAAGAAAAAUUCUGGAGGCGGGAGUACGAAGCGGAGGUGGCAACGCUGAGCUCGUUGCGCCAUGUGAACGUGGUCAAAUUGUAUUGUAGCAUAUCGAGUGAGGACUCGAAUCUAUUAGUAUACGAGUAUAUGCCAAAUGGGAGCUUGUGGGACAGGCUACAUACGCAUCAUAAGAUUGAGAUGGAUUGGCGCGUAAGGUAUGAGAUCGCGUUGGGGGCAGCAAGGGGGUUGGAGUACCUACAUCAUGCGUGCGAGAGACCGGUAAUACAUCGGGACGUGAAGUCGAGCAAUAUUUUGUUAGAUGAGGAUAUGAAGCCAAAAAUAGCUGAUUUUGGGUUGGCAAAGAUUGUGCAAACCGGAAAGGUUAUCACGGAUUCAACCCAUGUCAUUGCGGGAACCCAUGGUUACAUUGCACCUGAAUACGGAUAUACAUGUCAUGUGACCGAGAAAAGUGACGUUUAUAGUUUUGGGGUUGUUCUAAUGGAACUGGUAACGAAGAAAAAACCGAUGGAACCCGAGUUUGGUGAAAACAAGGAUAUAGUUUAUUGGGUUCACAAUGAAAUGAAAACUAGUGCGGACGUGACUGUCAUGGUGGAUCCUAGCAUUUCAAAGGAUGCAAAGGAAGUUGCGGUUCAGAUGUUGAGCAUCGCGGUCCAUUGCACAAUGAAGUUACCAGGAUUGAGACCCUCAAUGAGGAUGGUGGUUAAAAUGUUGGAAGAGAUUGAGUAUAACUCACUUGCUAUUGUGGGAAAUGACCAUCGCUUUGUAAAAACUGAGUAGGAAAUAGAGGAGACGAAAAAGAUAGUCAAAGGUUAUAUCUUUGUACAAAAUAAAGUACACCUUAUAUAGAAUAGACGUUCAAGUAGAUUUACCAUUUUUGUUUUGUUUUGCUUUUAUUGUGUUAUAUAUAUAUAUAUAUAUAUUUACGAAUUUA